CAGAUGGAAGCGGGCGCCAUUUUCGUAGUUGCUAACUUGAACUAACAUUUGCAUUAGAUGUGUGUUAGAUAGAUCAUUUAAAAUGCACAUUUAAAAUGCACAUUGAUCAUUGUCUCGAGUUGAAAAUAGAAAAAAACGAAGCGACUCUCAGUUCACUUAUGCAAGAUUUAAUCCAUCAAAAAUAACCGACAAAUAUAUAGUCUAUGCAAAAUCAGCCUUCAUAUAGAAAGACAUUGAAUAACACCACACAAAACUGAUGACAAUGAUGGAGGAUAGGGACAGUGGAAAGCCGUUUGAAAAGGAUUCUUCGAUAGACAUUCCUACACUACGAAGUCUAUCACACCACAAUCAUUCCGGGCAUUCCAGUUAUUCCAGUCAUUCCCGGCGUUCCAGUAUUUUUCGUCAUUCCAGUCAUUCCCGAUAUCAAUUGCGUGAACGACCACAACCUCUUCACAAACUUAUUCACAAAUCCAGUUGCACGAAACCAUGCCAUAGAAGGACGACGUACACGCAGCUGUGCAUGGUGUUGGUGCUGUGCGUGGGUUUAGCACGCAGCGCUGCACGCACCACGCACGAAUAUCCACUGCAUUCCGUCAUCCACGAAUCCACGCACGAAUAUUCACCAUCGCCUACAGUUGAUGUCGUCAGCGGCCGGCAAGGUGAUGACGUGAAGGUGUGCGCGACGACGCAGUGCGGCGCAGAUCGGCGCUGCGUGGUGCGCGCCGGCGCGCCGGUGUGCGCGUGUAGCCCCAAGUGCUUCCUGAAGAACAAGAGCGCCGUGUGUGGCAGCGACGGCCGCACCUACAGGUCUGAGUGCCACCUCCUGAAGAGGGCGUGUCGCAAGAAGAGGAGGCUCCUCGUCAGGCAUUAUGGGACGUGUCAGACGUGCAGUGGCGUCAAGUGCAGACCCGGCAAGAGCUGCGUGCUGGGGGAGGACUUAGUGCCGCGCUGCCGACGCUGCCCUCCUCAGUGCCAGACGCGCGCCCCGAGGCGUCCGGUGUGUGGAGCGGACGGCCAGACGUACGUGUCGUCCUGCCACCUCAAGACCGCCGCCUGCCACAGCGGCAGGGUCAUCGUCAGGGCGUACCGGGGCGCCUGUCAGGGACUUAUGAAUGGUUCUUGCCAGCAAUAUCUCGACCAAGGCGACGCUGUGGAAUGA